CUUUACUAAAAUCACACCAACCCGUUUUCAUAUCGGUAUUCUCUUCCCCAUUAUCACAAAUUCACGCACAGCCUCUCUUCCACCCCAAAUUCUUCACUGACCCGAUUAGGGUUAGGGUUUAGACGCACCCAACUUCAUUCGUACUCUAGAUAAUCGCUCGUAUUUGGCGCAAUUGAUUUUGUAGCGGGAUACACGCUUAAUUUUGCAGUAGGACAUUAGGGUUUUCUGUACUCAAAUUUGAUUUGAUCUUUCAAUGCCUGGGAUUUUUUGUCUGGUGUAGUGGCUUUAUGGCGCCGAGCCGAAGAAAAGGUGCCAACAGGGCGGCGGCGGCCGCCGCUGCAAGGCGGAAGUGGAAGGUCGGGGAUCUUGUGCUUGCCAAAGUCAAGGGAUUUCCGGCGUGGCCUGCAACAUCCAAUGUAGAUAGGCUGCUGUUCAAGGAGAUUAGCUGUUUUGGUAUAGCUUGUAUUCAUGUUUGCAACCAUUCCAGUACAGAACUAAUGCCUGAUAUUGGCUCCCUAUUCCCAAUAGUUAUUGGAAACAUUAAUCUCGAUCAUCUUUUUGAAAUAGAUUUCGUAUACUCUGGCUCUAAUCUAUGCUCAUGUUCUGCAACUGUUACAACUUUUAGCACCAUCUUGACCAUUGAAAAUAUGGUCUUAUUAGUAAACAAGGUGAGCGAGCCAGGGAAGUGGGGUUACCCGGCUGAUCAGAAGAAAAUAGUGGUCCAAUUUUUUGGGGGCGAACAAAUUGCUUUCUGUAAUCCAGUGGAUAUAGAAGAAUUCACAGAAGAGAAAAAAGUUUCCUUGUUGGGGAAACGGCAUGGGAAAGGUGCAGAUUUUGUUCGUGCAGUAAAUGAGAUAAUCGACCAUUUUGAGAAUUUGAAGAAGCAGGAACAAGUUAGUGGGGCUAAUGGUACUGAGGAAACUGAUAUCAUCAAUGAGAACAACUCGCAAGAAUCUGUAGUUGCAUCUAGGAAGGAUGAGGCUCCUUUAGUUAAGGUCGAUCCUCUUUCUGCUGGGACCACUUAUGAUCUGGAUUCUCUAACUGAAGCUGCUGUAGCUGCUGCCACCGAUGAUGCUUUUGAGAAUGAAGACAUGCAAAACUUGGUUUUUACCGAUAUUCCAGUGUCAACUCCUUAUUUAACAAGACACAGAACGGAUAUUGCCCGGUCACAAAACAGUGGCUCAACAAAGAAGAAAUCUGCCAGAAGGUUAAGAAGUUCUUCAAGGAUAGAUAGUAGGCUCCGGAGUACAAGUUUGCCUUCUGUUAAUAAGAACAGGAACUCGAGGCGCUUCUGUGUUAGUGUAUCAGAAGAUAGAUCUGUAAAAAGAAGUAAAAGGAUUGUCAAGUCGUCUGAUGAGUCUGAUGGACAGAAUGUCGACUCACUUGCUUUUGUAGCAAGUGAUCGUAUUGAAGAGAAUAAUUCUGGACUGAUGAGUCUGAACUCGGAUACACUUAGUAUCGAUGAUGGCAGCACUGUCGACUCAGUUAGCAAACCAUUAGGAGUGCAGGAGCCCGCUGCUGAAAAUAAUGAAGGUGAAACAGAGUUAAGUGAUAGGCUUGACUUUCAAAGUAACAAUGUUGUUAAGAAGAAGAGGAAGCCUAAUCGGAAAAGACACAACACUCAUACAGUUGACACAGCUACACUCAAUAGAGUGGCUUCAGAUGCUGAUGACCUCAAAGUUGGACGUGUUUCACCCAGUUUUGGUGAGAAGCCGGCCCAAAAACAGGCUAAGGAUGAUGGUGAUGAACACUUGCCAUUAGUCAAAAGAGCCAGAGUUCGAAUGGGCUUACCAUCACCAUCAGCUGAGAAAGAAUUUCCUUCAGUGAAUAAAGAGGAACAUAUGCCUGAAGUUCGUGAAAGACAUAGUGUGCAAUCAUUCGAGUCCUUGAGUUGCAAGGUGAAUGGUCAUGCCGAGGUGAAAGACCAUGCUAACAAGGAAUCUGUUCCUGUUAAGGAAGAACCAUCUCCUUCAUCUGUAUCCCAUGUAAGUCCUGCCAAUAGGCCGAGCUUUUGGGAAACAAGAAAGGAUUUUCUUGAUGGGGAAGCUGCUUUACCUCCGUCUAAACGUCUUCAUCGUGCCCUUGAGGCCAUGUCUGCCAAUGUGGCUGAAGAUUGUCAAAGAACUUCGAAUUUUUCAGUAGCAGCAGAUAUUCAGAGCAAUGGGUACUGUGAUUCCUUGGAAUGCUAUGAGAUGGCUGAGGGAAAGAAAGAUACUAUUGAAUUAGGAUCUGGAGCUAUGGUUGAUACAAGGAAUUGUGAUUCUCUGUUGGGUGCUCCCGAGUCAUGCAUUGUGUCGGAUGUAGGAGGGUCAGGAAUUGGUGCGGAAACUACUGAGGUUGUAUCAGACUGUGGUAAAGCUAAUAUUACUGAUAGCCAGAAUCCUAUAUUUUGCACAGGUGCAUCUGGACAAGUGGAAGGUGAUGACGAUAUCAAAGUUCCAAAAAUAUUUCCCUUUGUUGAGGUCCCUGCAGAGAGUAACCCUGUUGUUGAGGAUCAUCUGAAAGUGGAAACAGAAAAUGUCGGUGAGCAGACCAAUUUAAACUGCAAUGCACAAAGUACGGUGAUGUCCCCAACUAAUCACUGGACAACCAGAUGCACAGAGUUGAAAGAAGCUGUUAAGGGAUCUGAUUCCGAUAUUGUGCAGAUACAGGCAGAUUCAACCUCUAUGCAAGAUAUUGCUGUUAGUUUACCUAGUAUUGACACCUGUAAUCGGCCAGAUGAUGAAGGUGGUGAAGCACGGAAGACAGAGGACCUUGCAUCAGUUGAGCAUAAUCCAGACAGUAAGAUGUCUGAAUGUGUGGAAGAAGCUAGACCGUCAUUGAAUUCGAAAGUUGUGCACCCCGUUACUCCUGUGAAGGUUUUGAAUAGUGGGCAUGAUCAAUCUUUAGUUCAUUCAACUUCUGUUUCCUACGAACAUAUUGAGGAUAGAACUGUUUCAGCGACUCAGUCAUCUUCAUCUCUGACUGAUGGGCCAGAAUCUGUUGCAAGAACAUCUCCUCCUAGUUUCCCUGUCUGCAACACAUCUGCUUUAGAUAAUAAGAGAUCUCUUGUAAAUAAUAGCUCCUCCUGUCUUGACGUUCAUUUACAUCUAGAAAAAGCUAAACUUGCUGGAAAGUCCAUCAGCAAAAGUGAAGUUCUGUCAUCCUUUGAGGCCAUCAUCAAAUCUUUGACCCGAACAAAGGAGAACAUAGGCCGAGCUACGCGUAUUGCAAUUGACUGUGCCAAAUUUGGCUUUGCAACUAAGGUGGUGGAAAUACUGGCGCAUAAUUUAGAAAGUGAGUCAAGUUUGCACAGAAAGGUUGACUUAUUUUUCCUUGUUGAUUCUAUCACUCAAUGCUCUCGAGGCAUUAAAGGGGAUGGUGGCGUAUAUCCAUCUGCUAUCCAGGCUCUCUUGCCCCGUCUAUUGUUAGCCGCUGCCCCACCUGGUAGUAGUUCUCAUGAGAAUCAUCGGCAGUGUUUGAAAGUUUUGAAAGUAUGGCAGGAGAGAAAGAUUCUUCCAGAACCGAUAAUCCGCCACCACAUCCGGGAGCUUGAUGCACUUUGCGGCUCAUUUCCUACUAUUGGCUCUAACCGAACCUUGAGAAAUGAAAGAGCUUUCGAUGAUCCUGUCAGAGAGAUGGACGGAAUGCUGGUGGAUGAGUAUGGAAGCAACUCAAGCAUUCAGCUUCCUGGUUUCUGCAUGCCUCGUAUGGUGGGGGUGGAUUGUGCCGAAAACGAUUCUGAUGAUGAGAGCUUUGAGGCUGUCACACCAGAGCACAAUCUUGAUAAUCAUGAGGCCGAAAAGAAUCCAAUUCCUGCAGCCGAAAAGCAUCGGCAUAUUUUGGAAGAUGUCGAUGGGGAGCUUGAAAUGGAAGAUGUGGCUCCCUGCUGUGAAGAUGAAAUUGUUGUUUCCACCAGUAGCUUUGGUGGACUUGAUCAAGCACAAAUGUCCCAUCACCAACCUAAGAAUGUUGUACCUUUGGCAUCUGCCCCUGUGUCGAGGUCCCCUUUGCCCCCGCCGCCGCCACCUCAUCCACUUCCGCCUUCUGCUUUUCCUCCUGUGAUGCCUAAUUCUGUUACGAACGGCCCUGACUCUAAUAAGCCUUAUUCAAGUUCUCAGGAUUAUGAAGCCGAGGCUCCUAGAUAUAUGCCAGACAAUGGUUGUUUUAGCGAUCGACCAACAUCUCGAUUUUCGGGUAGAGCUUCUGGUAGCGACCAGCCGAAUGAUGGAUUCGGCAAGAGUUUCCAUUUACGCCCUCCUCACCCUGCCCCUUCGAAUCAGUUCUCGUAUGUCCAAGAACAGCGGGGGCAAUCACGGAGGGAUGCCCCACCGCCUUCCCGGCAGAACAGAUUUCAUUCACGUCAUUCGGAUAAUGGAAACUUCUAUAGGGAUCGUGACAGAAAUAAGUUUGUCCAGCGUGAUAAUAUCGGGGAGGGCUGGCGGCCUCCAUAUCCAUCCAACAUCUCGGGUCCAUGCUAUCCUGAUGGCUCCAGGAUGGCUAAUGCACCCAUGACGUAUGACCCACCUAGAGAGCCACCAGGACCACACCAUAGGUGGAAUUACCCUUCACGGCCCAUGAACCACAGACAUUACAAUCCUUACAGGCCACCUUCUGAAGGUCCUAUACCUGCCCCAACUAUUGGAGGCCAAGAUGACGAGUGUCGGGCAUCUUUGUCAAAAUGGUUGAUUGUUCAUCGGGUGUUGUAUCUCGCCUUGAGAAAUUCUUCUUAUGGCUGACUGCUAAAUCUCGAAAGAUAUCAGAGUUGGUGUGGAAGAUCAGAUAUGAUUUUCAUUCCAUUGUACAUAUGCAUGUAGAUGUACUUUAUGCAGUUGCCAAAUGGACAUAAGAUGCUUUGGGACCUUCCGGUGGGAAAACACUAUGUUACCCACUUGAUCGUUCGCAUCUCUAGUUUAAUUUACAAAAUUCUUGAAAUUUUGAUGACUGUAACUAUAUGUUAUUUAUUUACCUUUAGGUUGUGUAUGAUUUGUACCCUGUUCUCUCUCAGGCUCCUUUGUAAAAUUGUCGACUAUCCCUGUAUAUUUCGAAUAAUUUUCAACAUCCCCAACUGAUCAUGAUUAUUUAUACUGAAAGAUGAGUCUGUAUAAUCAUUAUCCAUAAAUUAUUUAUGUAAUUGUAUGAUUUAUGAUGCGUGUUUAAUUCAUU